AUGUUUGCUAUUCUGCUGCUUAUAUGCUUUAGUAUUUCAUCUAAAACAUCAGAUUUAAUCAACAACUCACAAAUGUCUUCAGAAACUCUUGAUAGCACUUGGGACAUCAACGUGACUAUUUACAACAUCAAGGCUAUUAUGGAGCAGUUUGAUCGAGCACAGGAUCAACUCCAGCAGUUUGAUCGAGCACAGGAUCAACUCCAGCAGUUUGAUCGAGCACAGGAUCAACUCCAGCAGUUUGAUCGAGCACAGGAUCAACUCCAGCAGUUUGAUCGAGCACAGGAUCAACUCCAGCAGUUUGAUCGAGCACAGGAUCAACUCGAACAGUUUGAUCGAGCACAGGAUCAACUCGAACAGUUUGAUCGAGCACAGGAUCAACUCGAACAGUUUGAUCGAGCACAGGAUCAACUCGAACCGUUUGAGCGAGCACAGGAUCAACUCGAACAGUUUGAGCGAGCACCGGAUCAACUCGAGCAGUUUGACCGAGCAGCCGUCGAGCUCUUGGUGAAAGACAGGACAAGAUAUGUCGGCUCCGGGACGUUUGGAGUAGUGGUUAUAGUAGGGUGGCAAGGAAGCCCUGCAGCUCUGAAAGUUGCGAAGUCGCCUUCGUAUGCUGAAUUUUUCAUCAAAGAAGCCAACGUUUUGGAGUUAUUAAAUGGAGCCGGAGGCGCUCCCCUCCUGCUUGGAGUGACAAUCAAGCCUCCGGCGAUCCUCACCAGCUACAAGGGUAACCAAACACUUGAAACAGUGUUAAAAAUACGUCAGUACAACUUAAUUGAAGUUGGAUUACUGGUCGGUAGAAAAUUACUGGAAAUCCACAAGUUGGGAAUCGUCCACAAUGAUUUAAAGUGUGACAAUGUUAUGGUGCAAGGUCCGCCUCUCGAGCCAGAAGUCAGCCUGAUUGAUUUUGGGUUGGCCGGCAAGAAUAAUGAAAAUUUGUUCUUGAGUGGUGACCCAGACAUUUACGCCCCUGAAAUCCUUCAGGAACAUCGCAGCACGUAUGCUUCCGACGUAUAUUCUUACGGUAAACUUAUGCUGCAAAUCCUGAAGGCGUCGCCCGCAGAAGACACAUUACUGGAGCAGGUGUUCCAGGUAGCCACACACGACAACCCUGAGAAGCGUCCAUCACUCCCUCACCUUCUGCGCCGUCUACAGGAUCACAUUAGCAAGAUGUCCCUGGUUGUGAAAGAACGUUCUCAAAAGCGUUCUUCUAGGAGUUCAACUCCAGAUUCCGUCAACUUCCAACUCAACAUGGAAGAACAACAACGCCCUAAAAGGCUCUGUCGGGGUCUUGGACGACGACUCAGCCCUAAAGCCGUCGACGUUCAAAACAGGAAGAAAAAGAGUCAACCUCUAAGAAGGAGUCAACGCCUAAAGGAUAGCUAUCUGCGUCUUAAUCUAGCAAGGAAAGUUACAAAGUUAACUACCCAAUUUUAA